AAAGGGAAAACUGACACACAACACAAGAUCAGUCUUCUCUUGUCGUCGCCCUGUCUUACUUUGGCUGUACUUGAGACCGGGGAGAAAUACCACCAUCAUGGACUUGCAGCUGCAGUACGAGCACAUAGACUGGAGCGACAUCGUGGAUGCGGAGUUGAGCGGCGAUCAGGAGACUCUUCGAGAGCUCAGGAACAGAGCGGCCGAGAUAAAGCAGGAGAAGCAGAACAAACAAGCUCUCCAGUCGCCCCCGUGUCCGCUCGUACCAGUCGCAAAGCCCCUCGCCGCCCGGACUCCUCCCUCUCCGCGGCGCUCCUGGACCUGACCGAGUACCCAGUCGUCGGACAGACGACGGAGGACAAGGAGAACGAAACGACGACUCUUCCUUUCGCCCAUUUCUCUUCCGCGGGUAGUGAGAGCGACCUGGUAAACGGCGCCUCCUACGCCAAGAUGGUGACAAGGAACGCCAAGAGGACGCUGGGUGACCGCUGUCUCUCUCCUUCCGAGGGCCCCGUCAAGCGACUCGUCACAUCUGACAUCAUGAAGACACCGACUGAGUUCAAGAACUUUUUUCACCCCACGUCCCCCACUACUUGUGACACAACUCCCGAAAGUGGCAACAUCCAUGGAAAAGCAGGUCUGGUCCAGAGAAGGCUGUUUGAAAUGCAAACUGAGGAGCAGGCAAGCCCCACACGGCAGCCAAAACAACCCGGAGAAAGACUGACAGACGGACACCGAUUAGCACAGAGACAGAAGCAGAUUGACUUUGGGAAGAACACGCUGGGCUACGAGAGAUACAUUCAGAUGGUUCCAAAGUGGAAACGUCAAAAAUCUCAUCCGGUAACACCCGACAAGUACAACCUGUGCAGCACUCGAUCGUGGCAGGGCCAGAUGCGCGUGUGGAGACGACAACUGCACAGGUACGACCCUGCGCCCCAGGACACCCAGCCACAGUUCUCUCUUGCAGACGCCGGACUCUGCAGUGUGACUCUGGACCAUGAAGACUGAUGUUAUAUAUACUCCAUAUACCACCAUAUUUCAUGCACCCCUCUUCAUAUUUCCACCACAUACCAAUUGUGUUGUAGAAGUUACAUGAAAAGUUUUAACAAUAUUUUCCGUCUGACACUGAUUAAGAGUAUGACAAGCAAAAUCAACAAUGGUGCGAUGUGAUGCUAUAUAAAUUGAGUAAAUAAAGAGAACAACUGUGAUACAUAAUUAUUAUAAUGACAAGUGCAAACCGUCAUGCGCGCCGAGGGUUAAUAUUAUGAUGACAGUCAGAGUAUAUAUUAUAAUGAAAAGCAGCUCAAGUAUGGGGGAGUUCAAAAGCAGCAGUCUACUUUUUCCGCCCUUGGAGGUUUCGCCACUUGUCCUUCA